CAAGUUAUCAACUUGUACACCAGCUAAAAACAGAAAAGGAAAGUAAAAAACCCUAAAAUAAAAAGUCAGAAAGAGAAGGAGAUGGGAAAGUUCCAGUUUUUGGAAGCGGUACUGCCGUUGGGAAUCAUCGCCGGAUUUCUAUGUAUCGCCGGAAAUAUCCAGUACACCAUCCACAAAGCUGCUCAUGGCCGCCCAAAACACAUCGGUAAUGAUAUGUGGGAUGUUGCAAUGGAAAGACGCGACAAGAAGAUCGUCGAGGAGAAACUUUCUCCUGCCUCCCAAUAAUUUCGGCCCCUUUUUAAGGAAGCUUUGGCAAAAUAUGAUGCAAGAAAUGAUGGCAGAAUUGAAUCUACGGCAAUGUGGUCACUUUUGUUAUGAUGGAAACAUAUUUCAAACUUGAAUAAUAAAUUUGUUUUUUUCUUUUAGUUUGGAAUUUCGAAGUGGGUUUGACAGAUAGCUGGAUUUAAAGCAAACAAAUUAUAAUGUUGAAAUUCAUGCUUUGCUACAUCAUGGAUAGCACUAGCACCAGCACUAGUAAUUGUGCCAUGAGACUUUGUCAAUGCUUUGUUCUUAACAGAUAACACAUCACAUGUGUUUUUUGUUGA